UUCAGUUGCCGAUUACGAGUUUUGUUGUUGUUAUAUGUUAAGCAAAAAAAUUAAGUUAUUUUAAAUAAUAUUAUUACAUAAUUACACUUAUCCAAAUACCUCAAAAUUUUUAUAAUGCGUUUCAUAGUAAAGCAAAAUGGGUGUGGUAGUGAACGUAUUGGUCGCUUAACGGGUUUCUUCAAGUUUCCUGGUGCUGUAAUUGAAACUCCGACUUCUGCACUUUUUACCCAAGGUGGAAGCGUUGUGCAUUUAACAUCAGAUGUGCUGUCACGGGUGUUCUCCAGUCCUCAACUUUUAUGGGUUCCUCUUUCCAAUUCAAUUCAACUAGAAAAUGGUGUCAAAGUACAAAAUGAUGGAGUAGCAAAGUUUGCUGGUUUGCCGGGACAUGUGGCAUGUGCAACAUUAAAUAAUUUGUCUGAAGUAACACCAUCUGGACACUUUGAACCUAAUAAAGUGCCACUGUGGACAAAAAAUGGGAAAAAAAUGUUAUCAGCUAAUAGAUAUAUGGAUGUAAUGGAAGUUUUCAAACCAGACAUAAUUUUGGCGAUUGCAGAUGGCCGGACGGCUCUCAAUGAAGGCACUAAGAGGGUAUUGAAGGCUGUGAACAGAACAAGUCAAAUGCUCAAUGAAUGUGUAGAUCGUUAUAAAGCUGCCAAGGAACUACAAAACAGUACUCUUGUUGGUGUAAUAGUUGGUGCGGCAAAUCCGAAAAAAUUCGAUGAAUGUGUACAAAAUGUUUUGAAACAUGUUGAUACCUUAGGAGGAAUAGCACUGGAAGGUAUCACAGAUGGUACUGUUGAAUCAAUGGAUCUAAAUAUAAAGAUGUUAAAUGAAGUUUUCGAGAAAGUUGGUAAUGCAAUUCCCAAAAAUCUGGUUCAUAUAAUAGAAGGUUGUUGGAACCCGACCGUCAUAUUAUCUGCUAUUGAAUAUGGUUGGGACGUGUUUGAUGGCACUUACCCGGUGAAGCUGACUAACGCUGGUAUCGCUUUGAAACUUAGUUUUGAUGUUACCAAAGAUAAUGAUACAAUGUAUUUAUUGGACAUGGUUGAUCAAAGAUACAAGGAAGAUUUCACUCCCAUUUUAGAAGACUGUGAAUGCCUUGCGUGUACGAAGAACACCCGUGCUUAUAUUCGGCAUUUAUUAAAUACGCGUGAAAUGUUGGCUUCAGUUUUAUUGAGCAUUCACAAUCUUCAUCACUUCGACCAGAUGUUCGUUUACAUUCGUAAACACAUCGCCUCAAAUACGUUUGCAAUAUUCAAGCAACAUAUAACAAAGCAGUGUGAAAUGUUGAAGACAUUCGCGCCAGAUCGAUAUAAGGGCUUAAACGAAGCCAUAGACAAGCAAACAUUUCAGAAAAAUAAGAAAAUACGUGUGAGUGAAGUACUGAGUAGCGGCUUAGUUAGUAAUAAUUGUACUUAAAUAGUUUUAUUAGAACAUCCGCCUUGUAAUUAUUGUAUUUUGUUUUUAUGUUGAAUAGAUAGAAUUAGCUUUGAAACCGUUUGAUGUGAUUAUAUAUAAGUAGUUUUUGUAAAUAAGGGUUCAUUUACAAAUUAAGGUAUUCUUAUUAAAAAAAUAUUGAAGCGGAAGAAAAUAUAAGUGUUUGAUAGAAGCAAAUUUUAUGCAAAGGAUUCAUUAUUUGGUUGUCGGUGCUAAAGACCGAGCUAAUUUUAUUUUUAAGUUCAGUGAAUAUUGUGAGGCCAUCUUAUACAUUUUUGAAUAAAUUAUUAGAUAAUAUAUAUAUACAAUAUACUGUGAAAUAGCAUGGUGGGGGCAGUAUCUCCAUAACAUAUUUGUCUGACUGUGGGACAUAAUGUAUGUCUGAUUCGAUAAUAUUUAAAAAAGACGCAACAAUCAUAUAAACUAAAUACAACUUAAACUAAAAUAUUAUUUGAAUUUUCAUAUGUAUUGCGAAUUUUUGAUUUAAAAGAGAAUGCUGCACUCUCUCUAUGGUUGUAUCCAAUGGCAGUAGGGGUAACGAUAAAUAUACAACUUGAUGUGACGUUAUUGAGUCCAGAUUAUAUAUAGUUGAGUAACAGUGUUGUACUAUAGAUAAAUAUAUAUUGAUCAAAAAUCGUUUGUAGUGUACAAUGUAGCAGAAAUAUUAGCAAAUCGCAUGGAAUUAUAAAAGUAAGGUUUUUAUUUUAUCUUAUUCCUCCUACCAUUGAAAUAUACAUUGAAGCAAAACAAAUACUAUUGGUCAUAUUAGUUUUUGAGCUUAUAAAAACGUAUACUUUAGUAAGUUAAGCCGCUUGAGGAGAAGGAAUGGUGAUUAUUUCACCAAGAUGCUCCAAUGAGGUUUAGAGAAUAUGCAUAAAAUGCAAGUGCAAUAUAAAUGAUACGACAAAAUUUCGUUGAUAUAGAAAACAACAAAUUCCAAGUACACAGAUAGGUAGUAAACGAACCCAAAGUAAUAUUACAUUAAUACGUACCUUAUAAAAGCUUAUCAUGGUAUUUUAUUAUUGAGAAACAAAUUGGGCAGGAAAUAUCCACUGAACUGUGCGCAAUUUUGUAAUCCAACGUUUUUUUUUCUAGUGUCAGGGUAUUUUUCAAAGAUUUAUCGAAUUAAUCAUUUUAGUUUAAAUAAGAUAUUUGACAAAAAAAUCAAUAUACGUAGCGACUAGUGAGAGGUUCUUAGGCUCUCAGCAUGUCAGACUGAACAACCCUUAUUCAACUCGAAUCGAUAAGAAUUAUUUCACCGUAAUACGUAAUGGAACGAACUCAAAGUAUACUUAAAUGUAAGACAACACAUUCCAUUCUGUAAAUUUAAUUCUGCACUUGAUUGACAGUAUAAAGUAUUUUUAUAUAAAAGAAACAAAGUUCAAAUUAGGUAUGCAGACUUGAUGGAUGUUUUAAUGAAAUGGACACCUGCUGUGUCGAGUUUUUUGAUACACGUUUAAAAUAUACGCCAACGUUCAACAAUAUUAAACGUCUUUUAUGAUCAAUGAGUUUCUCAUGUAUCUGUUAAUACGUAUUUUAAAACAUUUCAUUUGUUUUAAAUAAUUUACGAACCCAAAAAUAAUAUCAAUGUUAUCUUUAGGAGUUAACAUAAACGACUUUAAUACAAGCUGUGAUUACUGACCUAACCAAAUAACGAUUUAUUUGUAUAUACGUAGAUGAUUAAUUUAUAUCCAUUUAAAAGACAUCAGUUGUGUUUUUUUUUUUAAGUUACAUGAUUCGCUCAUGCAAUGGACGGGUGCAAUUUUAGCCAAAAAAUAUACCUCAUGCGUACCAAGUAUUUACUUCCAAAUUUGUACUUUUUAGUGAACCUGUAUUUUAUUUGUAUGCAUUUCUAACUCCUUCAUAUUCUGGAAAACUAUAUUAAGAUAAUUUUUUUUUGCAUAAUAUAUAAAGUACUUAAAUAUUUUUUAGUAGUUUCGUGUUUGAGGAUUUUUAAUUUUUGCCAGAAAAUAAAAACAUUACUUAUAAUUAAUAGGUAAUCGGGACAACUCUCUGUUCCUUAUUAACUUAUGCGAUAUAUGUUAUCUAUUAAAUAUAUAUUCGAUAUUCAAAAGCGAUCAUACCUUUUUAAUAUUUUACUUUAUCUGUAAAUUACAUGAAAUCAGACUGAUGAUUAUUAAAAAAAUCCUCGUUUAGUUCAAGACCUCAUAC